AUGGCUGACAAGAACGGGGCCCUCAAGUGCACCUUCUCAGCACCUGGCCACAGUGCUGGCCUCCUGCAGGGCCUUGCCACUCUGCGUGCCCAGGGCCAGCUGCUCGACGUGGCCCUCACUGUCAACACUGAGGUCUUCCACGCACACAAGGUGGUCCUGGCUGCUUGCAGUGACUACUUCAGGGCCAUGUUCACUGGUGGCAUGCGGGAGACGGGUCAGGCAGUGGUGGAGCUGAAAGGCGUGUCGGCGCGUGGGCUGCGGCACAUUGUGGACUUCGCCUACAGCGCGGAGGUAACGCUGGACCUUGACUGUGUGCAGGACGUACUGGGUGCAGCUGUGUUCCUGCAGAUGCUGCCGGUGGUGGAGCUGUGUGAGGAAUUCCUCAAGGCAGCCAUGAGUGUGGAGACCUGUCUACACAUCGGCCACAUGGCUACCGCCUUCAACUUGGCCUCAUUGCGCGCCUCAGUGGAUGCCUUUACCUUCCGGCACUUCCUGCAGAUCUCCCAGGAGGAGGACUUCUUGCACCUGCCACUUGAGCGGCUUGUCUUCUUCCUGCAGAGCAACCGGCUGCAGAGCUGCGCUGAGAUCGACCUGUUCCACGCUGCUGUGCGCUGGCUGCAGUACGACCCUGCCCGGCGGCCACGUGCCAGCCAGGUGCUGGGCCACGUGCGCUUCCCACUGAUGCAGCCCUCAGAGCUGGUGGACAGCGUGCAGACACUGGACCUCAUGGUGGAGGACGCGCUGUGCCGCCGCUACCUGCUUGAGGCCUUCAACUACCAGGUACUGCCCUUCCGGCAGCAUGAGAUGCAGUCACCACGCACGGCCGUGCGCUCAGACGUGCCCUCGCUGCUAACCUUUGGUGGCACACCCUACACCGACCAUGACCGUGCUGUCAGUGCCAAGGUAUACCUGCUGCCUGAGCCAGGUGCCCGCCAGUUCCGGGAGCUAGCUGAAAUGGAGGUGGGCUGCAGCCACACCUGUGUUGCUGUGCUGGACAACUUUGUGUAUGUGGCAGGUGGUCAGCACCUGCAGUACCGCAGUGGUGAGGGUGCUGUGGACGCCUGCUACCGCUAUGACCCACACCUCAACCAGUGGCUGCGGCUGCAGGCCAUGCAGGAGAGCCGCAUCCAGUUCCAGCUGAACGUGCUGGGAGGCCUGGUCUACGCCACAGGUGGCCGCAACCGUGCUGGCAGCCUGGCCUCGGUGGAGCGCUACUGCCCACGCCGCAACGAGUGGGGCUACGCCUGCUCACUCAAGCGGCGCACCUGGGGCCAUGCGGGUGCAGUGGCGGGCAGCCGGCUCUACGUGUCGGGUGGCUAUGGCAUCUCAGUGGAGGACAAGAAGGCGCUGCACUGCUACGAUCCAGUGGCUGACCAGUGGGAGGUGCGGGCACCCAUGAGUGAGCCGCGCGUGCUACACGCCAUGGUGGGUGCCGGCGGGCGGCUGUAUGCGCUGGGGGGACGCAUGGACCACGUGGACCGCUGCUUCGACGUGCUGGCGGUCGAGUACUAUGUGCCCGAGGCUGACCAGUGGACCAGUGUCAGCCCCAUGCGGGCCGGCCAGUCAGAGGCGGGCUGCUGCCUGCUUGAGCGCAAAAUCUAUGUGGUGGGUGGCUACAACUGGCGCCUCAACAAUGUCACGGGGCUCGUGCAGGUCUACAACACUGAGACCGAUGAGUGGGAGCGUGACCUGCACUUCCCCGAAUCCUUCGCCGGUGUCGCCUGCGCCCCCGUCCUGCUGCCCCGCACUGUUGCCACACGCAGGUAGCGC